AAGACUUAUUACAGUAUGGCAGAAACAAGAAAUUUGGGAACCAAAAAUUUCUUCUGUGUUUGUAUCUUCACAAUAACCCUCUACCAUGCUGUUCUUACUUCUGCAGAAAAUAGAUAUGUGGCAGACUAUUCAAAGCAGUCCCUAGAUGCUGUUCCUAAGAUUCUCCCAGCACAAACAGAGGUGUUGGAUUUGUCACAAAAUAAUAUCUCUGAAUUUGGGACUUCUGAUUUUAAUUAUCUUUCCCAAUUGCGCAUACUAAAGGUGGCUCAUAACUUUAUCAGAGAACUCAAUUUCAGUAUUUUCCAAUACAACAAGAAUUUAGAAUACAUAGAUUUAUCCCACAACAAACUAUGGACUGUUUCAUGCCAUCCUGUUACAAGUCUCAGGCACUUAAAUCUCUCUUACAAUGAAUUUCAAUCCAUGCCCAUGUGCUCUGAGUUUGGCAAAAUGGUGAAGCUGGAAUAUCUGGCCCUUAGUGCUAUAAGAAUACAGAAGUCAGAUUUCAGUGUUCUUGCUCUUUUACAACUAGAUACUCUGUUCUUGGGUCUGGAAGACCUCUCUGAAUAUAAAGCUGAAAAUCUAUCAGCAUUCAACACAAAGAACCUUCAGAUCGCCCUCCCCCAAAAUGAAGAAUUUCAUAUUGUCUUGAAUCUAGACCUCAGUACUACAGGAGGUUUAGAACUAUCAAAUAUGCAAGAUAAUCAUGUAAGUGAUUUGAACACCCUUCUGCGUAAACUCGACAAAAAUGGAAGGCUGAGAAACUUAACUCUGAGUCACGUGAAAACAACCUUGAGGAAUAUCCUUGAUGUUUUUCAGAACGUUUGGAGAACCACUAUUGAGUAUUUCGAUAUAUAUUAUAUGGCAUUGUCACAUUUAAGUCAAUCAAUUACAAUUCCUGAUUAUGCUGAAAAUUCACUAAAAUCUUUGAUGAUUAAUCAUGUCAUGAGUAAGGAAAUAGAAUUUGACCAAGCUAAAAUAUACAAAUUAUUUGCAGAUAUGAACAUUUCAGCCUUGACAAUUUCCAAUGCUCAUUUUAUACAUAUGCUUUGCCCAUCGAAGCCCAGUCGUUUUACCUAUUUAAGUUUUCCCUUUAAUACCAUAACAGAUAACCUUUUUGAAAAGUGCAAUAAUCUAAGUCUCCUUGAAAAACUUAUUUUACAUGCAAAUCAAUUUAAAGAAUUUACAAAAGUCAGUUUGAUGACCAGCCACAUGAAGUCUCUGAAAUAUUUGGACAUGAGUCAGAAUUUAUUGCACCACGAAGACCAUGAGAAGGGGUGCCACUGGGGUGAAAAUCUGGCUGAACUGAAUUUGUCAUCGAACCAGUUGUCCGAUUCUGUCUUUCACUGUUUGCCAGUCAACAUCCAAAAGCUUGAUCUUCAAAACAACCAAAUUUCAAGUAUCCCCAAAGAGAUUGUUGAGCUCAAAGCUUUGGAAGAACUGAAUUUGGCUUUGAAUAGGCUAACUGAUCUGCCUCAGUGUGGUCAGUUUAGAAGUCUGAGAUUACUAAAUAUGGAAAUGAAUUCAAUAGCUGCACCAUCUUCUGAAUUCUACCAUACCUGUCCAAGCAUUAAAGAAGUUAAAGCAGAGAAUAACCCAUUCAGGUGUUCCUGUGAAAUAAGAGAGUUCAUUGAUCUUAGAAAACAAGGAUUAGUGGUAUUGGUUGGCUGGCCUGAGUCUUAUCAAUGCAAAUACCCAGAAGAAGUAAGAGGAAUCCGGUUAGAAAAUUUUCACAUCUCUGAACUUGUCUGCAACUCAACACUUUUGGUUGCCGUCAUUCUAGUUAUUACAGUGGUCUUUGCAGCUAUCGUUUGCUUCCUGUGCAUCUAUUUGGACAUCCCUUGGUAUUUGAAGAUGAUGAGGCAGUGGACUCAGGUGAAACACAGGAUUUGGAAAAAUCCUGCAGACGUUCCUGAUGAUAUAGAAUUCCAUGCCUUUAUCUCAUACAGUGAGCAUGAUUCUGACUGGGUGAAGAAUGUCUUGAUUCCAAACUUGGAGAAGGAGGAUGGUUCCAUACGGAUCUGCCAACAUGAAAGGAACUUCAUUGCGGGCAAGAGCAUUGUAGAGAAUAUCAUAGACUGCAUUGAGAAAAGUUACCGAUCCAUCUUUGUGUUGUCUCCCAAUUUUGUGCAGAGCGAAUGGUGUCAUUAUGAGCUGUACUUUGCCCAUCACAAGCUAUUCAGGGAAAACACCAGCAGUUUGAUCCUCCUCUUGCUAGAACCAAUCCCACCCUACAUCAUUCCUGCAAAGUAUUACAAGCUAAAAGCUCUCAUGGCAAAGAGAACCUACAUGGAGUGGCCAGCAGAGACAAGCAAGCAUGGACUUUUCUGGGCGAAUCUUAGGGCUGCGAUUCAUGUUAGUCUUCCACGUAGCAAUGAAAUAAAUGAACUGGAGAUAUAA